AUGGAUUUCACCGUACUGGUACUUUACAUCCACCCACUUUCGAAAGUACCGGGCCCAAAAAUUGCGGCAUUUACCUCCCUUUGGCUUGCCUAUCACACAUAUAUUGGUGAUGAGUGUACUGUUGUGUUCAAUCUGCAUCGCAAAUAUGGCUCAGUAUUACGGGUUGGCCCAAAUGAGGUUGACAUCUCCAACGCAGACGCAAUUGAACCGAUUUAUAUUACCCGCGGUGGAUUCCCCAAAUCUUCGGCAUACUCCAAAUUUGACAUUGAUGGACACAAUACGAUUUUCUCCACUCUGACCCUUGCUGAAAGAGCGACAAGAGCCAAAUCUGUCGCGCCUCUUUUUUCCAGGGCCUCACUUCGCCAGUCUGAGCCAUUGCUGUCGCAGGUUAGCAACGACUUUGCAGUGAAGAUCCGAAAUGAAUUGCGCACUGGAAAACCAGUCGAUGUCCUCAAUCUGUCUCGUUGUAUGGCGAUUGAUUCUGUGACUGCGUAUCUAUUCCAAAAUCGGUAUGGUGCGCUCGGAGAGAACUUGAAGAGCCUGUCAGCAUCUCCUUUCGUUGAUGCCUUUGUAGGUGUCGGUGCACUCUUUAAUAUGGUUCCUGGGAAGAUCAGCAAUUUUUUCAUGGCAAUCCAUGGAAAUAUAAUGUCAAGUGAGGGGUCAGUAAAAGCCUUUGGGAUGAUCGAUCGCUUCACAAGCAACCUCAUCAGGACCGCAGUUCCUAAAAGCGGAAGUUACCAAAGCCGUCUGUUAGAGAAGCAGACGUCGGCACAGUCUCGAAUUGAGGUUAAAGAUAUCUGCUUUGCUGGAACAGACUCAACUGCUAUGAAUACCGCAUCAAUCAUUUGGUAUCUGACCAAAUACCCAGAGAUAUAUGAUAAACUCCAUGAAGAGGUCCAAAAUGCAGUUUCAAAAGGAGACGAUCCUACAAAAUGUCCCUAUCUUCGUGCAACAGUAAAGGAGGGACUCCGAUUAUCUUGGACCAAUCCCAUUCGGCUCCCGAGAACAGUUCCUGCGAUGGGCUGGAGCUACCGCGACUAUUACUUCCCUGCUGGAACAAAUGUUGGAAUUUCAGCUUUUCAGCUCCAUCAAGAUGAGGCUGUCUUCCCAGAUCCCCUGCGUUUCUCGCCUGAGAGAUGGCUAUUGCCCACACAAAACAUGCUAGACCACUUCUUUGCCUUUGGCAAGGGGACUAGAAGCUGCAUUGCACAAAGUUUGGGCACGUUAGAAGUUACUAUGGGGGUUUGCAAAGUUGUAGAGCAAGACUUACUCCGUGGAGCAAGAAUCUUCGGCGAUGAAAAUAUUAAGAUAAAGCAAUGGUUUAACUCUCGCGUGGAAGGAAAGGGUAUCAUGAUCCAGUUCAAGUUGAAUCAUGAUUAA